ACCCGGGACCCCCGGGCAGAGGGAGAGGCCAAAGCUGGUGGAUUGCUGUGGGGUGCACCCAUUUAGGAUCCGGGUUAGCCCAGGAGCUGCCGAAGGCUGGGAUUCCUCUUGGGACUUUGUUGACUUGUGGAUAGCAGGCGUGCUCUGCUGAUUCCUUUUCAUCACUGUCAAAAUGGUGAUCAAAGUCUUUGUAGCCACAUCUUCGGGGUCUACAGCGAUCAAAAAGAAACAGCAAGAAGUAGUGGGAUUUUUAGAGGCCAACAAGAUUGACUUUCAGCAAAUGGACAUAGCAGGUGAUGAGGACAACAGGAAAUGGAUGAGAGAGAAUGUGCCGGGUGAAAAAAAGCCUCAAAAUGGAAUUCCCCUCCCUCCACAGAUCUUCAAUGAGGAGCGGUACUGUGGGGACUUUGAAUCCUUUUUCUCUGCUAAAGAAGAAAAUAUUAUUUAUUCAUUCCUGGGUCUUGCUCCUCCUCCAGGCACAAAGGAAACUGAAAAGUCUGAUACCGCUAAUGAAGCUGAGGCACACACGGAAGACAGUGCAAAUGAAGGGACUCAUGAAGAGUCUCAGUCUGCUCAGUCACCAUCAGAAGAUCAACAGGAGAACAAGGAAGAAGAUGCAGCAACAGGGGUAGAAGAAAAGCAAGAAGAAGAAAAGCAAGAAGAAGGAGAAGAAAAGCAAGAAGAAGGAGAAGAAAAGGAAGAGGUGGAGGAGCAAGAAGAGUCUUAGUACACUUCCUUAAGACACAUUCUUUCUUGAACAGGUUUUCAGGAAGCACAAACUGGAGCAGCCCUGCCAAAGAAAAGUCACCCUCUCAAGCAAACUCUCACUACCUUUCACACCUGUAUACAUGUGAACAUAUAAAUACGUAGCAGCAAAGAUGCCACCCUAUCCUACCUGCGGCCUUUAUAUAUAUAUUUGGUAUUACAAUUGCUUGAUAAAAUAGGUCUUCUUAUAUCUGACUGAUGAUAUUUCAGUUGACUGUUAUAUGUUGGAAUAGUAUUGUCCUUGUCAUAUUUUAGAUUGUAAGCUCCUCAGGGCAGGAGCCGUGUCUUUCUCCAUGUUAAUGUACUGCCAAACACACUGCUGCCACUCAGCAGAUAACUGCGCUCACACAAGUGAUGUUGUAUUCAGAGAAAAUGAUAUUCAGCACUGAAAACUGCAAAGAGGCUUCCUGCAUGCAACCUAUGUGAGUCACUUCUUCCCCAGCUGACUUUUGAAAAUGAUUAAGAUUUCCAUUGUACAGCAGUUUAAAUAAACAUUUUCUGUCACAUCU